GCGAGGAAGCUCGAGUCGAGGCGGGACGCGAUGGCGCAGUGGAGACGCUUCGCCUUCUUCGACAAGGAGGUGCUGAAAGAUGCCAAUGGGCCGUGGAUGAAGGGCGUGGACAUCACCAGCAUGAGCGCCAACCGCGGCCUCAUCUGCGUGGGAGACGCCGACGGCUUCGUACACUUGGCCAACCGCUCGCUGGAGGCGCGCAAGUUCCAGGCCCACGAGCUGUUCGUGUCGCACGUCGUCAUGAUGAAGCGCAGCAACGUGCUGGUCACCAUUGGCGACGGCAUUGACCCGCGCGACGAGGAGCUGCGCGAACAGUCCAAAGCCAUCGCAGAAGCAGGAAGAGGACCGAAUGCCGAGGAGAUGUACACGUCCAAGCCGACGGGCAAGAGCACGGCGGUGGUGCGCUUCUGGCGCACGGACCAGCAGGACAGAGAGGGCAAGCCCAAGCUGCUGCAGCAGAUCCCUGUUUUCGCCAAGAAAUACCCGGAAGAGGCGGUGACGGCGUUCGCAGUGAACGACGACUUGAGCCAGUUCGCGGUGGGACUGAAGAACGGCGCAGUGAUCCUGUUCAAGAGCGACUUGAAGCGCCGUGCAGACCGCCCGCCUCAACUGCUUCAACCUGCAGGCCAAUACCCCGUCACGGGCUUGGCGUUCACGAGUAAACCAGUCACAGCUACCGUAGCGCAUGUGUUUUUGUACGCGUCUACGCGGCGCGGUCUCACGUGUUACCACUGCUCGCACGACGACCCUGCGUUGGUGAAGAGUGCAGGCGGCGCUGCUGCGCUUCCCCCGCGCACAACGGUUUUGGAUGAGCGCGGUGUGGAUAUGAAUUGUUCUUGUGUGAACGAGGAGGGAGAGAUCGCUGUGGGACAGACGGAUGCUGUGUACUUCUACACGACGGAAGACCGCUCUGUGUGUUUCGGCUUUGAAGGCGAGAAGAAGUAUCUGCGCUUCUUUAAGCACUACUUGUUGGUGGCGCACGUGGAUCCGCGUGGACGACACCAGGUGAAUGUGUACGAUCUGCAGAACAAGUUCAUCGCGUUCAACUGGACUCUCACAAGUACCAACCCCAAGGGACCUAUGCGCAAACCGCCACUUGCGCCGAACGCUCGCGUCCCCGGCGCACGCUUUGGACUUGACGAAAUGGAGGAAGUUCGUCAUGUGGUAUGUGAGUUCGGUGCCAUCUUCGUCGUGUCUUCUAUGGGCCAUGUGUACCGCCUGAGCGAGAAGGACACGACGUCUAAGUUGGAGAUUUUGUUCCGAAAGAACCUGUACUCGAUCGCCAUUUCGCUGGCGUUCAGCUCCAACUACGAUGUGAACAGCAUCAUCGAUAUCUUCCGCAUGUAUGGAGAUCACCUGUAUCAGAAGGGAGACUACGAUGGAUCGCUGCGUCAAUACGUUCGUACAAUCGGUCACGUGGAGCCGUCGUACGUCAUCCGCCGGUUUCUGGAUGCGCAGCGUAUCCACAACCUCACAGCAUACCUCGAAGCUCUCCACGAAAAGGCUUUUGCUAAUGCCGAGCAUACGACGUUGCUUCUGAAUUGUUACACGAAGCUCAAGGAUGUCAAGAAGCUGGACAAGUUUAUUCAGCUGGAUGAAGUGAUCGAUGCCAAGAAGACGAAGGGUGGCAGCGAUUCUGGUGAUUUGACUCCCAGGAAUGGAGGCGCAGCAGCCGCCAACCUCAACUUCGACGUCGAGACUGCGAUUAGUGUGCUGUGGGAAAACUACCCUCAGCACGCGUUGACGCUGGCGAAGAAGCACGAGGAGCACAGCUGGUACCUCAAGAUUCAGCUUGACCACAUCAGCUACGUGGACUCUGAGGACUCCGUUGCACUUUCGGACAGCGAAAAGGAGCGCGUGGCUGAUGCUCUGGAGUACAUUGAGCACCUGAGUUUUUCGGAGGCAGACUCAAACCUGCGCAAGUACGGACGUACUCUAGUGACUCACAUGCCGGGACCUACUACGGAACUGCUGAAGCGACUGUGUACUGGCAAAUUCGUCCCGGGUAACCCGUCGUUGAAAUCGGACCCGGGCGACUUCUUGCACCUGUUCGUGUCGCACCGCGCCCAGCUGAAGGAGUUCCUUCAGUACAUUGUCGAGGUGGAGACGGUGAGCAACACGUCUAUCGGCAACACGCUGCUCGAGAUGGUUCUCAGCGACGAUGAUGAGGGUGAAAAUGGUGCUCGCUCCGUCGAGGAGAAGGAAGAAGCGGUGCUGCGCAUUCUGGACAACCCUCGCGUCAAGUACGACGAGGACCACGCGCUCAUUCACCUGCAGAUGCAUGGCAUGAAGAAGGGUAAGCGCUACCUGUACAACAAGCUUCACAUGUACCACAUGUUGGUACAGUUCCACAUCGAGGAGAACGACGACCAGAGUAUUCUAGAGGAGGUGCGCAAGCACGGAGAUAAGGACCCGAACCUGUGGUCGCUUGCGCUCAAAUAUUUCGCAGAGCGAGGGCCGCUGCCCAAGGGGGCUACGAGUGGCGAGGAGUGGAAGGAGCUGAAGCAGUUGCUUGCCCUUAUCGACACGAACCCGGCGAUUCCUCCGCUGCAGGUUGUCCAGGUGCUGAGUCAGUCACGCGAGUUACCCGUGUCAGUGAUCAAGCAGUACGUGGUGAACCAGCUGGCCAACGACGAGAAGAAGAUCGAGGAGGACGAGGAGAAGAUCAAGGCGUUCAAGAGCGAUACCAAGCAGAUGAAGGAGGAGAUCGCGCAGCUCAGCAGUCGUGCCGUGGUGUUCCAGGCCACCAAGUGCGACCUGUGCAACCACGACUUGGACCUGCCAGCGGUUCACUUCAUGUGUCAACACAGCUUCCACCUCAACUGCAUAUCCGAGACGGAUCGCGAGUGUAUCACAUGCUCGAUGGACCACCGUCACAUCCUGGGGCUCAAGACGCAGCUCGAGCAGAAGGCCGGCAACCACGAGCAGUUCUACAACCAGCUCGAGACUGCCGCAGAUGGCUUCCACACGAUCGCGGAGUACUUCGGCAAGGGCAUUUUCAAGAGCAACGAGGUCGUGCUAGACGAAGGCUCCUUCGAGACGCGCUUCAGCGCCGAGUUUUAG